UUGAAGGUGAGAGUAGUCUUACAUCCAGUUAGCUUGCUGCUCAGGUGACAACUCCCAGCUGCUACAGCCGUCUUUAAAAGAAGACAUGUCGGUGUUUUGUGACGUGCAGCAAGCAGCCCCCGUUGCUGUCUUUAAACUUACGCAGGACUUCAAUAACGACGAGUUUCCAAAUAAGGUGAACCUCGGAGUGGGAGCGUACAGGACCAAUGAAGGCAAGCCGUGGGUUUUACCGGUGGUGAAAAAGGUGGAGAAGCUUAUCGUUCACGACGACAGGCUAAACCACGAGUACCUGCCCAUCCUGGGCCUCCCUGAGUUCAGAUCGUCCUCCUCCAAGAUCGUACUGGGAGAUGACAGCCCUGCCAUUCGGGAGGACAGGGUGGGCGGUGUCCAGUGUCUCGGUGGUACCGGUGCAUUGAAGAUUGGUGCAGAGUUCUUGAGACGAUUCUACAAUGGGAACAACAACACUAAAACACCAGUCUACGUGUCUGCACCUACUUGGGAAAAUCACAACGCCUUGUUCAACAGUGCUGGUUUUGAGGAUGUGCGCCCAUACAAAUACUGGGACGCAGAGAAGAGAGGUCUCGAUUUGUCAGGUUUCCUCAGGGACUUGGAGAGUUGUCCAGAGCGCUCCAUCUUUGUCCUACAUGCUUGUGCCCAUAAUCCCACUGGAACGGACCCCACACAGGAGCAAUGGAAGCAAAUAGCUGAAGUCAUGAUGAGGCGAAAACUGUUUGUGUUCUUUGACUCGGCCUAUCAGGGAUUUGCCUCGGGUAACCUUGACAAAGACGCUUGGGCUGUCCGCUACUUUGUCUCCAUGGGCAUUGAAAUGUUCUGUGCUCAGUCUUUCUCAAAGAACUUCGGACUCUAUAAUGAGCGUGUGGGUAACCUGACAAUCGUGGCACGGGAUGCAGAUAACCUGAAGAGAGUUCUCUCCCAGAUGGAGAAGAUUGUCAGGACCACCUGGUCCAACCCACCCUCUCAGGGUGCUCGUAUUGUUGCAGUCACGCUUAACUCACCGGAGCUAUUUUCUGAGUGGAAGGAGAAUGUGAAGACAAUGGCUGACAGAGUCUUACUGAUGAGGGCUCAGCUUAAAGCCAAGCUCCAGUCUCUGGGAACUCCAGGGACCUGGGACCACAUCACAGACCAGAUCGGCAUGUUCAGCUUCACAGGCCUCAACUCUAAACAAGUAGAAUACAUGGUGAAGGAGAAGCACAUCUAUUUAAUGGCCAGUGGUCGCAUCAACAUGUGUGGUUUGACCAGCAAGAACAUCGACUAUGUAGCGGAGUCCAUCUAUGAAGCUGUUACUAAGGUGCAGUAGGAUCACCUCACAGCUCUCAGCACUUCCAGAGAUGGCAAAUCUCUGUGGUUGUCCCGCAGAUUUUUUUUAUCUGUAACAAAAUGAGAAUUUUCUUUCUGAAUUUUAAUUUACUGUGUUAAAAUAAGUUACGCAACUCCUGAAUAGGAAUGCUACUGUGCAGAUAGUUUUUAUGCUUUCAUAAAACAUAAUGUUGUUAUAAAUCAUGUUCUUUGUUUUUUUCCUCGUGUUAAUUUUAUUGUUUGUCUUUAUGUCAUUGGAAAAGUCUUUAAGAGAGACAACUUGCCUGUGCUUUAUCACAAUUUCUUGAGCUUCCUUCUUCAAGUGUAAAAAGGUUAAAGCAAUACAAUAUUGAGGAUUCUUAAAAGGACCAAUUUAAUUUAUAAUUCAGCCAUUAAGAACGACUGAUGUAAAAUUAUAGCUGGAUGAAACUUCAACUAUUGUUCUCAGGAAUGUAUUUCACUUUUAACUAUGUAAUUUAUUAAUACCCUGUGGAAGUAUAACUAUUUUCUUGUUUAAAACCUGUGUAUGUGUGUGUAGUAUUUCUUUCUAGCUCCAGUCAGCAUAAGCCGCAUCGAUCACUCUUGACGGGUGUCACAACUUCAGAGAAAUGUGUGCUCAGUCCUGCAGGCUCUGUCUUGAUAUUUCCGAUCCUGUCAGGUUCCUGCCGGUUAUUGUUGACCCUUCUUAGCUCCGACUAGUUCUUGUGUAAGAGUUGUUGCUCGGAAAAAAAAAAAAAAACAAACACUAAUGAUCAACCAGCCUGCUAUCACAUCUCUAUGUACAGAACACUUACAAACAGACUGAUAAGCAAUUUAAUUGAGGCUGAAAGAGUUGAUUGGAAGGUUAUUUCCAAUAAAGACUUAUGAGUAUUAUGUUUGUAUUGUUUCUAAAUCAGUUGAUGAGGGUUAUCUUUACAACCUUCCUGUACAUCAUGUUAAAAAUAUUGCAAAGUUUGCAUAUCAUAAAAAUUUAGGAAAUUAAAUUGAUAAUGCUAAACAACGGGAACAAAACAAACAAUGCAGGAGUAACAGAUUAGUAAAUUUAUUAAUAUAAUCUUUCAUUUAGAUCAAAUGAUAUGUUUCUUUACAUCGUCAUAUAGUCAUUUGGAUUUUACAUAGCAAAACCUAACUUUCAUUCUUUUUUUAAUCCAAAACAUUUUUACCAGUCCCAACAAAUCUAUAAAUUCUCUAAAAGCAUUUUACGCCACGUUCAAAUCCUCUCUGUCUGAGUCAGCUGUCGGAUCAGGACACUUUUACCCCCGAGUAUCCUGCGCUUGCCAGAUCACUCCGAGUAGCUUAGCUGUGCAGGAUCCUUUGUACUUACACUGUUGUCCCAGGCAGAAUGAAUUAAAUCAGGGAGCGUCUCCAAACAUCUCCUGCGUUUGAAGAGGGUGAACAGGGGGGGCGUUGACUUGACGUCAGUGUGGAUUCAAUUGCUUCCGUCACUGAAAUCUCUGCCUGUGCUCUGUUUGGCAGUGAUCCUGGCACAAUUUCAAAAUACAGAUCAGCAAAUAUCAAACCUAAAUCUGCUCUUAUUUAAAAAAAAAAAAACAUACCAUUUCAUUAUUGCAGUAAUGUAGGAUUAUCUGAGUAAGUUCACUGGCAUGUCUUUCAAAUGACCUCUGUCCUCCUGUGCCUUAUUAUGAGCUCCUAAAGAAGCCUUUUCAUUAAAGUUUCUCUAUUAUAUGAAGGUAUUUUGUGUUAAAUGUUAGCCUGCAGUGUUUGUCAGACUUAUAAAAUCUACUUAGACUAACUGCAGACUUCACUUUCACAGGGAGGUUAGUUUCUUUUUACAUUAACAUGCAUAAGAGAAACAGGACCUUUGCAGGGUUACAGUACAAGGAGCAGAAACAAACAUGCAAGUAUACAGUCACUUCCAAAUGUAUUCAUACCUCUUUGCCCAUGCUCUGUCAUGUUACAACCACAGACUUCAAUAUAAUUUAUUAUUUUUUUUCACAAAGUAAUUUUUCACCUCAUAAUUGUGAAGUAAGAGGAAAUUUGUUUUUCAGUCAGUUUUUAAAGAAAUAUAUACGGACAAUAACAACCAGUUGCAUUCAAUCAACUUUAUUUUGAUACUAUUAAAUAAAUCCAGUCUAACUAAUUACCUUAAUUGGUCACCAUAUACAUUUGUAAAAAUAAAAAAAUAACAUUCAGUCUGAAACUUCAUAGUUGUGCACUUCUUUGAGUUGCACUAUCAAAUAAAAUCUGAACAGGUUCUGGUUGUGACAUAUUAAACUAUAUUCAAGGGGUGUGAAUACAUUUGAUAGCACUGCAGCAGCUAUCUGUUUGAAUCCCCAGAUCCAGAGAUCCCUAAUCCCUACACCCUUUGAGCUUAUUAUUUAGCUGGUGUAUACAGCUUUAGUGACUGGCACAGAUAAAAAACAAUAUUGAUAUCUAAAGCUUCCCUACAUUUGGCUAUAAGCAGGUGAUAAAAUUCCCAAGACUCAGUUUUACUGGAUGCGAUCAAGUCAGUAGAAAGUUGAGGAUGUUUGUUGGGUAGAAGUAUUGCAGUUGUGCCCAUUUGGCUACUUGUUGACAGCCGGGAAUGUUUUGACGGGAAACGUAGAUAUAGUGUUUAUGUAGAAAAAGCAUUUCAGUUAGAAGACAGCAUCUGGAAAAGGAUGUAAUGUGCUCAUGAAUCUAGGCAAUUAAAGCAUUUUUUUAUGA